AACAUGAUGAAAAGAUAGAUCUUUGGUCACUUGGUGUUUUGUGCUAUGAACUUUUGACAGGUACCGCACUAUUUGAAGAAACUGGUCAUACUACAAUAUAUAAACGAAUUGCAAAAGUUGAGUUCACACUUCCUGAUCAUUUGUCAUUUGAGGCUUGA